AUCUAUCGAGAGAGUGGAAGGGUGGAAGUCCUGAUUUAGUCCGAGCGGUCAGUACCGGUAAUUAUGUAUCAAAGGUGACCAUCCGGAGACAAGACAUCGAAAGAACAGCCAGAGGAGCCGUACCGAUGUCGACAACGCGCCAGAAAGUUAAGUCACGGUUCUGCCUAUUCCGCUUGUCUAUUUCCCUUCUUGAACGCUUUAAGUGCUACCGCCGUUUCUAUUUCAGAAAGUGACAUCGCGUUAAAGGAGCAUCUACGAUCGAGCCAGCGGACUGCAAGCCGCGGAACUACAACCACGAUCAAGAUUCGUUGAAGCCUGGUCAGUCCGACGACCUUCUGCGCGGAUGCCACUCGAGAUCGGAUACUUAUCACCAGAAUAAUUUUGACAAACUUCUUUUUGCAAGCCUACCCGCUGUGAGACGGGCGAAGCUGCUACCGGCAACGGCGCGGAGUCUCGCGGAAAGAUAAAUUACUGCAAAUAGCGACGAGAAAGAAAGAUGCACCUAACCGAAUACCGAGCUUAUCACCGGAGAAAGUCGGCGAAAAAAGACGCGGCUGACAUCACGCGCCCAAACCGAUAUCACGAGGGCGCGCGGAUAUUCGGCGGAAGAUAACCCGGCGAGCGGAUCGGCUCAUCACUGUUGUGUGUGCUAUCUCAGAGGAAGGUCCAAACCGGGAGCCGACGAUUGCCGCCUACUGAUCUCUAUAAACCGCUGCUCCAGUAACCUUAGUAUCAAGCAUUCGGCUGUACGUAACGAAAUCUGCUACAUUGUAAUUAAAUGGACAUUGGGCGCCGACGGAAGCCAGGUGUGGUAUCAAGGAUCUAACCGGGCCUCUGUAUAUGCAAUGACCAUCGGCCAUCACGUACAGGGAAUCAAACUUCUCCAGAAGUAAGGCGCUCGGCUGAUGAAUCGUACAGAUUACCGUACGCCUUUCUAAUUCCGCCAAUCGUUUCAUGAGAGCGACGCAUUGGCUGGACGAGAAGGAAUCCAGACCUGAAAGAUUGAAUUAAUAAGAUAUGUAAGAGUCAACGUGAAGCACGUGAGUCAACACGAUAGAUAUUUCAUCUGUGAUCGGCAAGUACGGGAAAAUUAAAAGGAAGUGCCGUGAACAGAUAACGCGAGUGCUCAAACAGGACCGAAUGACACUCGAAGCUUGGUGACAUUGUUUCAUCUUCAUUUUUAUUGUAUUACGUACGAAAGCAAAGGCUUGCGCUUCGAAUCAUCGUUUUAUCUCCAUCCCGCCGCGAUGACCACUCUGACGCAUUGUUCGCUGUCACGAUCGUCUGUGAGCUGUCAGUUCGAUCAUGGCAGCCAGGACAACAUGCGAGACACGGCUAUCAUAGACAACAAUAAUGUCUUACAACGGGAGAAGCACUCCUUCCCAAAGAGACCUGAGCUGGACCUGUCGUUCCGCGACAUACACUACCGCGUCAGGGAAUGGAAUAUACGCAAUUUCUCAAUCAGCGAGAAGGAAAUUCUGCACGGCGUUAAAGGCGAAUUUAAAUCCGGCGAAUUAGUUGCCAUAAUGGGGCCGUCCGGGGCUGGAAAAUCGACAUUGCUGAAUGCUCUUGCCGGUUUCACGGUAAAGGGUGUGAGCGGAGAAGUUCGGAUCAACGGUAAAUUUCGUGAACUACAGAGCAAACUAUGGAAGAGGAUGUCGUGUUACAUACAGCAGGACACCAUUCUCACACCAUACGUCACCGUCGGAGAAACCAUGACUUUAGCCGCUCAUUUGAAACUUGGCUGCACAAUCAGCUCCGCUUAUAAGCACACUCAGGUUUCAGAGUUGUUGGAAAUGCUAGGGCUGAGCCAUUGCUACGACACUUUAUGCGGAAAAUUAUCGGGAGGACAGAAAAAGAAGCUUGAUAUCGCUUUAGAACUCCUAACUAAUCCUUCAAUAUUAUUCCUCGAUGAACCAACAACUGGUCUGGAUUCCUUCUCGUCCAGCCAAUGCGUCGCUCUCUUGAAACGAUUGGCGGAAUUAGAAAGGCGUACGGUAAUCUGUACGAUUCAUCAGCCGAGCGCCUUACUUCUGGAGAAGUUUGAUUCCCUGUACGUGCUGGCCGAUGGUCAUUGCAUAUACAGAGGCCCGGUUAGAUCCUUGAUACCACACCUGGCUUCCGUCGGCGCCCAAUGUCCAUUUAAUUACAAUGUAGCAGAUUUCGUCAUCGAGGUGGCGAUCGGCGAAUACGGAGUUGAGCUCGAUAAGCUGGUGGCGGCGGCGGAAACGAUACCGAACGAUGAAAAGCAGGUCGCCCUUACCGCGAGGCAGCCUGAAAAAACAGAUAAAAUCAAGGAACCACCACCGCCUGCCGGUUUCUUGACGCAAUGCUACUUUUUGUGCAAGAGGCAACUUCUAAGCUUGAAAAGACACUAUUCUUUACUACUGGCACGACUGCUCUAUCAUCUGUUAAUUGGCGUAAUUUUCGGAUAUCUGUACAUGGAAAGCGGCUAUCAAGCUAAUGUCUUGGCAAACUGUGUUUAUUUAUAUGGAUCAUUGCUGUUCCUCGUCUGCACUGGAAAAAUGGCUGUUAUUUCGGUCUUUCCAUUGGAGAUGCGGAUUCUCAUGAGAGAGCAUUUCAAUCACUGGUACCGAUUAACGCCGUAUUACAUCAGCAUAUUGCUAGUCGAGAUACCCUUCCAGGCAGCAUGUGCGGCGCCAUAUCUGGUGGUGAGCUACUGGUUGACCGGACAGCUCGCAGAAACGAAUCGUAUAAUAUUGUUUAUGGUAGUCAACAUAGCUACCAGUCUGACGGCGCAAGCAUGGGGUUUCUUCAUCAGUGCUAUUACGCCGAUUAAGAUUGCAGUCUUUAUUGGACCGAUAACCGCAGUACUAUUCUCCUCAUUCGGCUUCUGCAUACGUUACAUUGAUACGCCGCACCUGUUACGUUGGAUGUUCCACAUAUCGUACUUCCGUGCGGGUUUCCACAGUAUAAUAUAUACUGUAUACGGAUACGAUAGAAAAGACUUAAAAUGCGAUAAAUUGUACUGUCACUUUAAGAGACCCAUCAUAUUUCUCAGAGAGAUGGAUAUUGUCAACGUAAACGUUGUCAAUAAUUUGGCACUCAUUCUCGGCAUCUUUGUGCUAAUGCAUUUUCUAACGAUUAGCGCACUUUGGUGCAAGCUGAACAGAAGAUGAGUUAAAUACAAAAAAGAUAAAAAAAAGCGCCAAGUGUGUGUGUGUGUGUGUGUGUGUGUUUGUGUGUGU